AUGAGCGAAUUUUCUUCGUAUGGUAAUUCUGGUUGGGUUAUGAUCUGCAAAAAGUUUUUAAAUAAGGCAUAUGUUUUUCGAAAUCAUUAUGGCUAUGUAUGUGCUUUACAAGAACUAUACCGAAGGAUUGAAGCUUUAGCUUUUAAUUAUCCAGCUGCAAUGAAAGCAAGAAAAUUAGUCAAUGGUCUCCUACCUGAAUUACAUUUAAUG